UUGAACUUCCGCUUGCAAAGUCCAAUAUUAGCCUAGUCAAAAUAUAUUGACGUGCCAAAGCUUGAUUCUGAGAUAUUUUCGUUCUGGGACAGACUCUCGCUUUAGAGGCGAGAUAUUGCCCAGACACGAAAAUAGCACAAUAUAUUGUCGCGCAGUACAAUUAGUUGGACUAAAUAUUAGCCUAAUUAUUACAAGGCUGGUAUGGAGGUCCCUUGGAAAUUAGAUCUAGGAGCUGUAAGUGCCGAAGACUCGACAUUAGUAUGCCUCCCGUGUGAUAUUGAUGGUUUGAAGGAACCUGCUUAUGGCUUCUGCCAGGACUGCCAAGAGCACUUAUGUGAAACAUGCUUCAAACACCAUAGACGGCCACGCCAAAUGAGAAAUCAUGUCCUUGUUGAAAAAGAAUACAUGCCAAAGACCCAGGUAAAUGCACCUACAACAUCUGAAGAUAUGGAAGAUUUUUGGACGAAACACCAAGACAAACCACUAGAAUUCUAUUGUAGGGAUCACACAUCUGUGGCUUGUUAUGUGUGCGUUACAUUAGAACAUAAACAGUGUAACGUGGACUAUAUUCCUGAUGUUUCUGGAAACCUGUCUGAUGAGAUGGCUGAUAUAUUAGAACAAAUGGAAUCGUUGAUAACGAAAUGUAAAUCAAACAUAGAAUAUGCUUGCAAAGCUGCGCAACAUCUAGACCAAAGUCAUGCAAAAGUUGUUGAAGAUAUCAAAGUCUUCAGGAAAGAGAUAAAUAAAUGUUUGGACAGAAUGGAAACCAGAAUAUUAAAUGAAGCUGACACAAUUGUAAAAGAAGCAAAAUGUAAACAGGAACUCAUAUUAAAUGCUUGUUUAGAGAUAACGGAAGAACUUGAAUGUUCACAUGCGUUGUUAAGGUCAUUUAAAGAAGAGAUCAAGCAAACUAAGCGUUUUAUUAAGAUUAAAAACAUUAGAAAAAGUCUGCCAAUAUUGACAGAUAAGGAAAAGACUGUAUUGCAUGCAAAUACAGCGAACGAUUGUGUUCAAUUUACCCGCAACGCAAGCAUUAUAGAUUUUCUGAAGACUGAGAAUAACUAUGGAACAUUGUCAACAUUUGUGCAACCAUACCCAGAAAGAGCAAUAGAUUUACAAUAUAUAGAUACAAUAGACAUGAAACAGACAUCAGACAAAGAAAAAUGUAACAUUACCGGUAUGGUUUUGAUUGCUCCUACAAAAAUGGUUGUUGCUGAUAACAGUAACAAAAAAUAUAAAACUGAUCGACGUUCAGAAAAAUGUAAUUGUAACUGUGGUAGAGAUGUCUUCACGUCCGUUGGAUAUUAUAACUCUUCCAGAAAAAAAGCUUGCUUUAACUUUGUAUGGUGAAACAAUUGUUCAGAUAUGGUCUUAUUCUGAUGCAAAACUUUCAUUAGAUCAGUGUAUAGAUGUAAGAGAAUCGUGCAAUGGUGUUGCUUAUAGCCAGGAUAAAUUGGUUGUCUCUUGCAAAAAAUCAAAGAAAAUAAUCAUUUUGAAUUUUCAAGGAGAAAUUCUCGAAGUUCUUGGUUCUCCUACUUUAUUCUAUGGGCCUGUCAGAAUUUUCAUCAGAAGGGAUGAAACGUUUAUAUAUGUAUCGGAUGGGGUUUGGAGACAAAAUAGCAAGGUUUUGAAAAUUGAUUGGAAAGGAAAUGUCAAAACCAUUUUUGAAGACCCAAGAUAUAAUAUUCCUUACGGUCAACAACAAUUAGAAGAUGAGACUAUACUGGUAUGUUACAAAGACAGUAACACUAUUCUGAGACUGUCAAGCAGCUUAAAGAGAUGUGAUAUUAUUGGACUAGAGAAAGCAAAUAUUUAUUUUCCAACAGCUUUAACAUACUGUGACAGAGAACAAAAACUGUAUGUUAGUUGUUCAUCCGAUAUAGGGUCACCGCAGGCUGAUACUGUUAAAGUAUUCCAUGUAAAGUGGAUAUAAUCAUUACAAAGAAAGAAAUAUGUGGUCAUCAAUCUAUGUAUAAAAUUGAUAAUUUCUUUAGUUUGUUUUCUUCAUAUACUUUAUGGAUAUACUGAUAUUUAAUUGCACAGCUCAAGGGUUUAAUGAUCUGCAGAGAGUCACUGAGUUGAAGGAAACUGCCAAAAUAACCUUAGAAUAUAUAUAAUAAUAACUCUAUAAGAUAUUUAUGCUGUUGAACACUAUAAUUGCAAAAUUAAUUGGCCAUUUCCUUAUAUGUCCCCCUUCGCUAGGUUUAUAUGCCGUGUCAGAGACUGUUCAUUAUGAAAAUCUUCCAAAAACCUAAAAAGACAAGUCAGUUGUGUAAUAAUUGUGUAGAUCUCGAAUCAGAGCUACUCCAUGUUAUGCUCAAAUGACCAAUGAGAGCCAAAUAAAUUGUGAAAAAGCCUGUCAUUUUAACGUAUGAAAUGAAUCAUAAAAAGUUAAAAUUUCUGUGCUCAAAUACUGAUAUGGUUAGAAAAACAGAAAAUAUAUGUUGUAAUAUGUUGAAAACUAGAAACAAUGCUUUGUAAUGUAAAUCUACUUAAUGUUUUGAAUUAUGUAUAUAUGUUGAACUUUAUAUUGUACAGUGUACGCUUUUACCUAUUACUGAAUGUUUUAAUUUUGUAUUAGAGUCUGAAUUCUUCAAUCAAUCAUUUAGGUUUUACUAACUUAGAAAUUCCUUGCUAAUCCGUUUGCUAAAAUUCCUUAGUGAUAAUACAUAGUUUAUGGUGCUUUUAACUCUUGUGCAUCUUGUUCUGCUUUUUUCAAAAUCAUGUCUCAUUUUAUCUUUUCAUCUAUCACUUAACCCUAGUAAUAUCAUACAGUGGCUGUCAAAAUUAACAAGGAAUGUCUUACCAUUAUUUUGAGGAUUAUACAUGUAUGUAAGAACGAGACAGUCUGAACAUAAUACAUAUAUAUAAGCACAAUGUAGUCUCUUACAAUUCUACCCUAGCAUGGAUUUUUGCAAAGUAUAUACAUGUAAAUAAAUGUCAUGUUAUGAGGUGAUGCAUUGUGCUCUGGUGAGAGUUUAAUAAAAAUAUAAAUAAA